AUGCGUUAUUGCAGGGCGAACCGAAGGCAGGCUAGCAAUAUCCGCGGCCCGCACUCUGCGCUGACUGAUUUCCUUGCUUCGAACAAUAUCUCCGCCGCCCAGAUUCGCGAUGAUUACGGCCGACGAGUGGCAGAGGUAGCACGCCAGGCUGCGGAGGAAGAGGAAGAUGCCGAUCUUGACAUGGAAGAGCCGGAGUAUGAGCCUACACCGGAACCGGACUCGCCAGAGGACAAAGCAAAGAAGCGCAAGCGCCAACAAGCCAUUGAGAAGAUCAAGAAAAGCAAGGAAUUCGCCCGCCGCAAAGCUCGACGGACUGGGGAACCUGACGAUGACGACGAUGCUCUAGCUAAUGAGAUGAUGGAUGAAAACCAACGCCCGACUCCAGGACAGCUAGGAAACUGCGAGAUCUGUGGCAAACGGUUCACUGUCACCCCCUACAGCAAGACGGGCCCUAGUGGAGGUCUCCUCUGUGCACAAUGUUCCAAAAAUCAUGUUGGCGGGGACAAGAAGGCUGCACCUAAGAAACGCAGCUCUGGAAUCGGGCGGCGCCAAAACCAAAGCAAUCUGCUGGAUGGGCUGACUUCUCAGGGUACUCAGAGUCUACUGGAGACCUGUAUUAAGAAAGUUGCGGAAAACAUCUCCGACGUGGAAGAGUUCGGCGACUUACCUCCGCCAGUUAUGCAUCGACUCAGUCAGAUUCUGGCCCGAAGACGAGCGAUCACUUCGACGACUUUGGAUCUUUUCCUACGUCCGCAGAACAAGGAGAUCAACAUUUAUGACUGUGCCAAGCUUGAUACCGAUGAUUACCACAAGAUUCUUGCUACCAUGCCUAACCUGACUCGACUCAACUUGCGAUUCGUCACCCCAAUGAAAGAUCGCAUUUUUCAAUACAUGAUGGACCGGGACAUGAAUAUCCAAGACCUGCAUCUUGAUUCACCAAACUUGGUGACAGAUGAAGUUUGGCGUCAGCUCUUCACUCGACUCGGCCCGCGACUUCGAAGCUUGAAGCUUUGGAAUCUCGAUUCCGCCUUUGACGAUGAGACUGUCGAGGUGCUGGGCAAAAACUGCACUCAACUUCAGCGCCUCAAAUUGAAACAUCUCAACAAGAUCGGCGACAAAGCGCUCGAAUCAAUUUCGACAAUGAAGACCCUGCAGCACCUCUCACUACAUGUCAGCCAGGAAACGACUCCGGAGCUUCUUCUACAGAUCGUCACUGAGCUCGGCCCCAAUCUACGGUCCCUUUCCUUGGAGGAAUUCUACUUUGCAGAUGACAGUCUGCUUGAGCUUAUACGGGACAAGUGCCAGCACUUGAAAAAGCUUCGGCUUGCCAUAAAUGCAGAGUUCACAGACAAAGCUCUAGCCAAUCUCUUCCGCGGCUGGUCCAAUCCUCCCUUGUCAUUUGCAGACUUCCACCGCGUACGUGACGUGGACAUGGCAAACCCCGCUGGCCCACCUGAGCCUGUCGGCCUUGCUUCGGACGGCUUCGUUGCAUUGAUGGAGCACUCGGGCGCCAGAAUUGAAAGUCUUAACGUUGCUUCAUGUCGUCACAUCUCAUAUGCAGCAUAUGAAGAAGCCUUUGGCGAGCACAAGCGAUACCCAGAGCUCAAGUAUCUAGACAUUUCAUUCAACGGUAUGGUUGAUGACUACCUGGCACAGUGCAUAUUCCGGUGCUGUCCGGCCUUAACAAGACUGGUUGUCUUUGGGUGCUUCAAGAUCCGUGACAUUAACAUUCCUCGGGGUGUCGCGGUGAUUGGUACAGUCGGUGCCAAACUGACAAUCGACGGGAUCACUCAAAAGGAGCUGGUUUAG